AUGGGGAAGGUGGGGGGGGAGUGGGGGGGGUAUAUGGGAGUAGUGUGUGGGGGGGGGGUUGUAGUUGUUUGUGGUUUGGUAUUUGGUUGGGUAACCAAUGAGGUGACUUCUGCUGUGGUGCUGGAGAUACAGGGGAACUUUUCUGAGCGACACGGGGUUGUGACCGGAACUUGGUGGUUCGGGGCAUGGGCCGGGGGUGAUGAGCAGGUGUCUAGCCGCUGUAAGUCUGCAGGCUGCUGA